CAGUCGACAGUUCCUGCUCUGUGUUUCAGUUAUUUGUUUGCAUUUUCGAUUUCGCUAACGGAAGCGAACGGUAAAAACUAUUUAAUCCAAAAAUAGAAAGCUGGAGUUUAUUUCUCUAGUAGUAAGUGAAACUAAAUAACCAUGGCUCCCGUUGAUGUGGAUACAGUUCCUGUGGAACCUCAAAUAAGGAACUUAAACUUAUCAGGUCAUGUUGGCUUUGAUUCAUUACCAGACCAGUUGGUCUCAAAGAGUGUCCAGAAUGGUUUUAUCUUUAACAUAAUGUGUAUUGGUGAAACAGGUUUAGGUAAAUCAACAUUAAUGGAUUCCCUUUUUAACACAAACUUUGAAUCAUCACCGAGUCCCCAUUCCUUACCUACAGUAAAACUAAAGGCACAUACCUAUGAGCUGCAAGAAAGUAAUGUAAGAUUGAAGUUAACAAUAGUGGACACAGUUGGUUAUGGAGAUCAAAUUAACAAGGAAAACAGUUUCAAAGCCAUCGUCGACUACAUAGAUGCACAGUUUGAAAAUUACCUACAGGAAGAAUUAAAAAUUAAGAGAUCUCUUUCCACAUUCCACGACACAAGAAUUCACGCCUGUUUAUAUUUUAUAUGCCCAACAGGUCAUGGACUAAAAUCAAUAGAUUUGGUAUGCAUGAAACAGCUGGAUCAGAAGGUUAACGUCAUUCCCAUAAUAGCCAAAGCUGACACAAUAUCGAAAACGGAACUACAAAAAUUCAAAUCUAAAAUCAUCGCUGAACUUCAAAACAAUGGUGUUUCAAUUUAUGAAUUUCCAGUAGAUGACGAAUCCGUUUCUGAUAUCAAUUCCACCAUGAACUCUCAUGUACCUUUUGCAGUUAUCGGCAGCACCGACUUUAUUAAAGUAGGAAAUAAAAUGGUCAGAGCGAGGCAAUAUCCAUGGGGUACUGUUCAAGUCGAGAAUGAAUCUCACUGCGAUUUCGUAAAACUUCGCGAAAUGCUGAUCCGCACAAAUAUGGAAGACAUGCGUGAAAAAACACAUUGCAGACACUACGAAUUAUACAGGAAGAAACGUCUCGAGCAAAUGGGACUAAGUGAUGUAGACGAAGACAACAAGCCAGUUAGUUUUCAGCAGACAUUCGAAGCCAAAAGAUCCACUCAUCUGCAGGAAUUGCAACAGAAGGAAGAUGAAAUGAGGCAGAUGUUUGUAGUGAGAGUCAAAGAAAAGGAAUCUGAAUUAAAAGAAGCCGAGAAAGAGUUACAUGCCAAAUUUGACAAACUAAAGAAGGACCAUACGGAGGAAAAGAAAAAAAUAGAAGAUUCCCGCAAAAAGCUUGAAGACGAAAUUGUAGAAUUCAACAGGCGAAAAUCACAGUACCAACAAAUGGGUCAGAGCCAUCACACUCUCACCCUUGGAAAAAGUAAGAAAAAGUAAAAUGCCAGUGUUCGUUUUUGUACUUUUAUACAGAUUCUUUUAUGUUUUUAAGUAUUAUUUUAGAGGGCAGUCCUAAUUUAACUAAUUAACCAAAAUAAGUUAACCAUACCAUAAGCCCCCUAAUUAUAUUUUAUACAGAUAAUUGAAAAUUGAAACGUUCAAGGAUCAUUUUCAGCUUGCAUAUUUAAAUGAUCAGUUCUCUGAUUCAACGAUACACAUAUUCACCGAUUUUUACUGAAAGACUGAAUCUAUAAUAAGACUGAUAUGAUAUUCCUGGCUUAUACAAGAAAAUCGAAAAAAUCAAAACUAUUUGACGAAAAUACACACGCGUUAGAAUUGUUCAUCGUACGCUAAAGAUUCAUGAAACUCCCGAUUUUUUCAGCAAAUGAUUAUUUUACAUUUUCUAUCAGACAGCCAAGCGGAACAGGCGGCCGAAUCACUUUCCUUCACUGCAAGAUAUGUGUGUACAAACCGUGGCCCGGUGAAUAGAUAAAUAAAAAUGGCUAACGCAGCAGUUUAAAAUUCUAAUGAAUCUGAGGCUUAGACUGGAAUACGCUGGUGCCUGGUCGGUCUAUGAGGGACUGUACGGCAAGGGAUAAGGGUUUGUGGCUCAGUGAUACUCCUCCAUAGAUCCCUGCCGGAAGGGCGUUGACGCCUAAUAUACCGGUCUAUACAAUACAUAUAUAUUAUUUAAAGUUUGUUAUUUCCUGUUAAUAUUAUUUAAUAUUAAACUUAAUUGUAUGGAUGCUCUGCUUCUUAGCAUUUUUAUACUUUUCGAUAGGGAUCAAUGAAUAAGGUAUUACUUUUGAUUCUAUACUCUUGGAUUUGAAAAAUUCCUUUGGUGGGCGUGUGGCUUGAACUACGCCAGCCAGCCUAAGAAAAUGGUUGUAAAUAUUUUGUCAUAUGUCUUUAUGCACAAGAUACAUCAGGUACUGGCUUACAUAAGAUACAGGUUUAGUACUUCUUGUAAAUUUUCUAAGUAAGACACUCGUGUUGGAGACAGUAUAAAGAAAAACAUCCGCAUGGAUAAAAUAACACAGCAGAAUGUGCAUUAAUACCAAUGUAGUAGAUUUAGCAGUAUUCUUUUUGAAGCGAAGCUUCUAUACUGGUCUUGUACUUUUUCUCUAUAGUAAAAUGCUGAAGCGAGCGUCACGGAGUAAGUGCCACGAUACGGCGUCACGACACGAAAGAAAGCGCUGUGUGCUAUUUAAAAAUAUAGAAAACAUGAUGAAGGUAUAGUCGAAACGCAAAUCGGUGGGAAUGCGCAUUUUAUCAAUGAAAUUCGAUAUGUAUAAGACAUUCCAGAAGCCGCUAAAGAUAAAUUGUUUUAACAACCCAUUAAUCAUUCUGAAUUAGUCGACAGAUAUUAGUACAGUUAAAAUAAUUAGACGAUAACUGGACAAUAAUGAUUAUGCAACAGAAAUUUAACGUUUUUUCUACUUUAAUAACAAAAAAGCAAGUUCAUUAGCGGAACCGAAUUCAAAAUUAUUUUGCACAUCAUAUUUGAAACGUUAUUAAUUGGUUAAAACAUAUAAUUUUUGUUGGCAAAAAAUAUACUAAUUUGUCUGGACUAAAUUACAGUUAUGUUUAUCUUAGAACGGAUAUGUUAAUAUCAACAUUUACACAAUGUUGCCAAACUGAAUUUUGUUAUAUUCG